AAAGACAUUGUCGAAUUUUUUUCAGAAUUGACGAUGAUUCAUAGUUUGUUUAUGAUAAAUCAGUCCGGAGAUGUUUUCUUGGAGAAGCAUUGGAAAAGUGUUAUUUCAAGAUCAAUCGUCGACUACUUUUUCGAUGUUCAGAAUAAGGUUGAGUCUCCUGUAGAUAUUCCACCUGUAAUAGCAACACCUCAUCAUUAUUUAAUAUCAAUUUACAGAUGUAACCUGCACCUGGUGUGUGUUUGUAUGACCGAGGUUCCUCCUCUCUUCGUUGUCGAGUUUCUUCAUCGAGUUGUAGAAACUUUUGAAGACUACUUUGGCGAAUGCUCGGAAUCUGCUAUCAAAGAGAACUAUGUAGUAGUGUAUGAGUUACUAGACGAGAUGUUGGAUAACGGAUACCCACUUGCAACCGAGGCAAACAUUCUCAAAGAGAUGAUAAAACCACCGAAUAUACUGAGAACUGUAGUCAACACUGUUACAGGAAAGUCGAAUGUGAGUGAUGUUCUUCCCACGGGUCAGCUUUCUAAUAUACCUUGGAGGAGAGCUGGGGUCAAAUAUACCAACAAUGAGGCAUACUUUGAUGUUAUAGAGGAAGUUGACGCUAUUAUUGAUAAACAAGGAGGCACUGUUAGUGCAGAAAUCCAUGGAUAUAUAGACUGCGCGGUCAAACUGACGGGAAUGCCAGACCUGACAAUGAGUUUCGUAAAUCCUCGUCUUUUUGAUGAUGUAUCAUUUCAUCCUUGUGUUAGGUAUAAGCGAUGGGAAUCAGAUCGUAUUCUUUCAUUUGUUCCUCCUGACGGUAACUUCAGACUCUGCAGCUAUCAUAUAGGAAGUGGGUCUGUGGUUGCCAUACCAGUCUAUAUCCGGUAUUAUCUAGGAAGUGGGUCCGUGGUUGCUAUACCAGUCUAUAUCCGGCAGAAUAUAUCCUGGCAGGGUGGAACUGUAGGAAAGCUGGAUAUGACAGUUGGACCUAAACAAACAAUGGGGCGUACAAUAGAACAGGUUAAAGUUGAGAUCCCGAUGCCCAAAUCUGUUCUUAACUGUACCCUCAUCGCAUCUCAGGGAAAAUAUUCUUUUGAUCCUGUGAGCAAGAUUCUGGUGUGGGAUGUAGGAAAAAUAGAUCAGACAAAGCUUCCUAAUAUCAGAGGAACUGUGAAUCUAGCAUCUGGUAGUUCCCCAGCAGCCACUAAUCCAACUAUUAAUGUCAAGUUUGCUAUCUCACAGCUUGCUGUAUCAGGACUCAAGGUUAACAGGUUGGAUAUGUACGGGGAGAAGUAUAAACCCUUCAAGGGAGUCAAGUAUAUCACCAAGGCUGGCAGGUUUCAGGUUCGGAUGUAGAUCAUAUCUAGACAUACCAAGACAGGGGUAUAUAUAUUCCUGUAAAAUUGCCCUCCUCCUCACUUCUCCUCUCCUGAAAAUACUAAUUGGAAUGUUUCGCGUGUGAUUUUGAACUUGUAAAAGAAUGGUUUCUCUAAAAAAAUCUAUAGUCUUCAAGUCCUAAUUUAACUUCUUUUCCAAAGCAAAAAAUUGACUGAGCGUAAUUUUAA